AUGUGGGCAAGGACACUACUGUCCGCCCCACGGGCAGUAUGCUCUCGUGGCCAAAUCCUGCCUUCAAAGAGACGAUUGAGCUCGCAGGCAACGGGAGCAGACAACAUCCUCAAUCUCGCCAUCAACCGCAACACUAAAGUGAUAUAUCAAGGCUUCACCGGCCGCGCGGCCACCGCCAACGCCCGCGACACCAUCGCCUACGGCACCAACGUCGUCGGCGGCGUCGCCCCCAAAAAGGGCGGAACCACACACCUCGACCUUCCCGUCUUCAACACCGUCUCCGAAGCCAUGGCGUCCGUGAAACCCGACGCCACCGCGGUCUUCGUCCCCGCCCAGCGCGCCGGCAAGGCCAUCGAGGAAGCCAUUGCCGCCGAGGUGCCCCUCGUCGUGGCGGUGGCGGAGCAUAUCCCCGUGCACGACAUGCUGCGGGUGCAACAGCUGCUGCGCACGCAGAGCAAGUCGCGCCUCGUGGGGCCGAAUUGUCCCGGCAUCAUCGCGCCGGAGGAGUGUCGCAUUGGCAUCAUGCCGUACCAGCAGUUUCGGCGGGGGAAGGUGGGGAUCGUGUCGAAGAGCGGGACGCUGAGUUAUGAGGCCGUCGGAGCGACGAGCGCGGAGGGGCUCGGGCAGAGUAUCGUGGUGGGCUGUGGUGGCGACUUGCUUCCCGGCACGACGUUGCGGGAUGGGCUGGAGCUGUUUUACGAACAUGAGGGGACGGAGGGGGUCAUUCUGAUUGGUGAGAUUGGAGGCAUGGCUGAGUUCCAUGCGGCCGAGUCGAUCAGGCAGUAUAGAGAGCGCACGAAGAAUCCGAAACCGAUUGUGGCGAUGGUCGCGGGACGGACGGCGCCCGAAGGUAAAACGAUGGGGCAUGCGGGCGCGUUGCUGGCCGCUGGGGAUCAGGGGGCUGAGGCGAAGGCGAAGGCGCUGAGUGAGGCGGGAGCGUUGGUCGUGCCACAUCCGGGCUUCUUUGGCGUCGAGAUGAAGCGUUUGUUGGAGGGUGGGAAGGUAUAA